AUGAAUGGAUUUGCAGAUCGAGGAUUGGAUGAGGGGUCAUUUGGGGAGAAAGGAGGGAUUGUGAAGGCUUUUGAUGCUUUUCCCAAGGCAAAACCCCAAUACAUAACGCAAACCUCUGGCGGUGGCAAAUGGACCGUCGCCAUGAUGCUCAUCUCGCUCGCUCUCCUCUUCUCGGAAUUCUCUCGCUGGUGGAUGGGCCACGAAACGCACACUUUUGUGGUUGAAAAAGGUAUCGGGCAUAAUCUCCAAAUAAAUCUGGAUAUGGUUAUCAAAAUGAAAUGUCCCGAGCUCCAUCUCAACGUGCAGGAUGCAGCCGGCGAUCGCAUCUUGGCUGGGAGCAUGUUAAAAGAGGAUCCGACGAAUUGGAAACAAUGGGUGGAUGCGAAGGGGGUGCAUCAACUGGGGAAAGAUGAUCAUGGGAGAGUGGUCACGGGAGAAGAAUAUCAUGAGGAGGGGUUUGGAGAGGAACAUGUUCAUGAUAUUGUGGCGUUGGGGGGGAAGAGGGCGAAGUUUGCAAAGACGCCGAGGGUGAAGGGGGGACCGAGGGGUGGAGAUAGUUGUAGGGUUUAUGGGAGUCUGGAGGUUAAUAAGGUGCAAGGGGACUUUCAUAUUACGGCGCGAGGGCAUGGAUAUCCAGAAAUGGGGCAGCAUUUGGAUCAUAGCGCAUUCAAUUUCUCACACAUAAUCAACGAGCUCUCCUUCGGCGCCUUCUACCCCUCCCUACUCAACCCCCUCGACCGCACCAUCUCAUCCACCCCCAACCACUUCCACAAAUACCAAUACUUCCUCUCCAUCGUCCCCACCCUGUAUUCCCUCUCCCCCUCCAUAUUCUCCCCCUCCUCCUCUCCCACUCUACUCAGCACCAACCAAUACGCCGUCACGUCGCAAGAACACAUUGUAGGCGAGCGCUCUGUGCCGGGGAUAUUCUUCAAAUAUGAUAUUGAACCAUUACUAUUGACGGUCGAGGAGAGCCGAGAUGGGUUUUUGAGAUUUGUGGUUAAGCUGGUUAAUGUAGUGAGUGGAGUGUUGGUGGCAGGGCAUUGGGGAUUCACGAUUACGGAAUGGGUGGUGAGGGUUUGGGGACGCAGAUCCGGGGGUAGGGGCGGGAAGGGUAUGUUAGAUAGUGGGAAGUAUAACGAGGAUUAG